UUCUUGUUGCUGAUUGUCAUUCAUAAGGCAUAUUCGCCUUGUUUGCCAUUAUUAUUAAAAUAGUGAAAGGAAAUGAAGAAAGUUUUGGUAACAGGCGGUACUGGGUUAGUGGGAAAUGCCCUCAAGACUAUUGUAAACGAAGACUCACUGGAAGGGGAAUGGAUUUUUGUUGGAACUAAAGAUGCCGACUUGACCGAUAGCAACUCCACUCGUGCCCUUUUCGAUCGAGUACAACCUACUCAUGUCGUGCAUUUAGCAGCAAUGGUGGGUGGGCUUUUCCAUAAUAUGAACAACAACCUGGAUUUUCUGCGUAAAAACCUGCAAAUAAAUGACAACGUGCUACAAAAUGCAUACGAGCAUGGUUGCGUUAAAGUAAUUUCUUGCCUUUCUACAUGCAUUUUUCCGGACAAAACCAGUUACCCUAUCGACGAGACCAUGGUUCAUAAUGGCCCUCCUCAUCCUUCGAAUUAUGGAUACUCAUAUUCGAAGAGACUUAUCGAUGUACAGAAUCACGCAUAUCACGACAAACAUGGUUGUAUGUUCACAUCAGUUAUUCCGUGCAAUAUUUUUGGACCUCAUGAUAACUUUAAACAAGAAGUUAGCCACGUCAUUCCAGGCAUGAUAAACCGUAUGCAUCAACUCAUUGAUGAAAAUAAAGGCCUGCCGGAGGACAGGAAAGAGUUUGUUGUAUACGGGACCGGAAAACCCCUACGUCAGUUUAUAUAUUCCUUAGACUUAGCUAAAUUAAUAAUUUGGGCUUUGGUCAAUUAUGAGAGUGUGGAGCCUCUGAUUUUAAGUGUAGAUGAAGAAAAUGAAGUGACUAUUUUUGAAGCUGCAGAAGCUGUCGCAAAAGCGUUUGAUUUUAAGGGGAAAUUAAUUUGUGAUACCAGUAAAGCUGAUGGUCAAUAUAAAAAAACCGCUUCUAACCGGAAGUUACGCAGUCUGUUGCCAAAUUUCCAAUUCACUGCGUUUGAGGAUGCCGUUAAAACCUCUGUGAAAUGGUACAUUGAAAAUAUAGACAAUGUAAGAAAGUAAUUUGAUUUAUUUCUGGGACUAAAGCUGACGGCUUUGCUCAACUCGAUAAGAUUAAUUUAAUUGUGAAGCUCUAUGCUCACUAACCAAUUAUUAUUUCCUCCAGACCAGUUACAUUUUUUUUAAUAAAACGUAGACUUAUGGAACGGAAUAAUAAGCAUUCCAAAAUGGUGUAGAGGGAUCGUAAUGUGAUUAAUAAGGAAACGAACGUUAAAAGGAAAACAUCUUAAAGUUAAUAUGAACUUAAAUUACCAAAGAUAAAAAUAAAUUAAAAAGCAGAGUUCGAAAAUUCGUAAAAUUCCUACUUUGACACUGGAAAAUUAACAAAAAAGAACUCGAGAUCUCAUUAAAUUCUCUAAGUGCGCGGAGGAGCAUUACGCGUAUAAUUCGUGAAAUGGAGAUGAAAUCGGUAAGUGUUACGUAGAGUUCUACUAGGGUUAUGAAGGUGAAUGCUUCGUUGUUGUUGUAGCAGUAAUAAUCGUAACAGAGAUCAACGAUUCCUCCUUUAAUUACGCUAAAACCAAUAUUUAAAGAGAUGCCAAAGUUACCGCAGCAGCGAAUGAGCGCAUUAAUAUCCGAUUGCAGCCCAGAACGCCCUCUACAUUUCUAAUUGCAGAAAGUAUUUUCGAAUCAUUGGCAUAUAGAAGAAAAUUGUCAAACGAAAAAUAGGCAACAAUAUCAUUACUAAAUAAAUCGAAGAGGUCUACUCUACUAUCCUAAAGAGUUGUCUUGUGGAACCCGUGAAGAUACAUUUAAAGGUACCGAUCAUUCUCCCCCAAUCAUUACCACACCUCGUCUAUUGGAUUAAUAAGAAUUUAAGCAUUGAAAGAUAGCAGAAGGAAAACCGAGCGAGGCUAAUUUACUAAUAUAGAAUUGUGUGAGAAACUAUCAAAUGUUUUAGAAAAGUUUCUGUAAAAAUAGUCGAUUCGAAAUACUUCAGCAAAGGUUGAAAAACAAUAUUCACCAAAUACAGGUCGGUUGGAAACUGUAUACGCACCAGUGACAAAUCCAUGCCUGUUAUGAUUUCGUCGGAAAGUUUGGAUAUAAAAGAAUGGUUCGAAAUCGGCCUAUAUUUGCACACAUCGUUAUUUUUGCCACGUUUGAGAAUUGGGGUAGUAGUGAUUGCAAAUCAUCGAUAGAAACUCUAGAGGACAAAGAUUUAUUAAAAAUUAGUUUGGGAGGAGUAACAAUGGGCAGACAAUUUUUGAGAAAAAUUGCGGAAAGCCCAUCCUUAUUUGUCUGCGUAAACGUUUUUAUACCCUAUUUCCAUUCUCGUAAGUCCGAAGAAGCAAGGUUUAAAUAGAUAAAAUUCAACAAUGAAAGUUGGAAGAAGAAAUCGGCAAGCAAAUGGGCUGCAUAUUUAUCAACGAAAUGAACCUUAGAAUGCACUCCAGAGCUGGACUUCUAGAAUUCAGAAAUUGCCAAAGGCUUUAGGAUUGUACUAAAUAUUCACUUCAAUCCCAAGAAUUUAGUUCCUGCACAGAAAAUUAUUUAAGAAGUUGAGUUUUUUUUUUUAAAUUUUGAUAUUUUGAUAGUUUGAUUUUUAGAUUUUGGAAAUUGUUUGUAGAGUUUAAGUUUAAGUUGUUAAAGUUCAUAAGUGCCAGGAAGGAUGAAGGGUUAAAAGGUUUUUAAUUUAUGGCACAAUUUCGAUAAAGAUUUCAAGCAACUGAGUUUGACGGCAGAAUAGCACUAAUCAACAUCCAACCCAGAAAACAAAGAUUUCCAAGUGGUGUCAUGUAAAAUGCUAUUCGGCCUAGAAAAGUCACAAGAGAAGAAAUUGAAAGCAAAUUCUUAAUAAAUUUUGUUUAUUACUACUAGUAUGUAACCUCCGAAAAUCGGGUGGCGCUUCAACGUAAAAGGAAGUGUGGUUUCGCUCGGCUGCAAAUUUAUACGAGGCAAUAGAAAUCGCCUUCCCUGAGCCUCUCCGCAUAACACUUCCGCGUGCAAACAAUUCGGAUGCAUUUGUUUUAUGAUAAGUCGUGUGCCAUUCACCAAUCCUUCUGCUGGGCUUAAAUUGCGAAUCAACAUUAUCACUGUUCCAAUUUUCAAUUGAAGUUUAUGCGGCGGAGUUCCGCUAAAAUUGAGGGAGUGUAAAAAUUCCACAGGGAAUCUUACCUGAUCUUGUGAAGCAGUCGUAUCAGCGCUGAGAUAUGGCGCUCUUGACCAGGUAACAUAUCGACUAUACUCGAGUUUAUGAUUGCACAUUGAUAAUUUUUUGGACAUAAUAUGGCUCGGUCUUUUAAAUUAUCGAUUUCUAUUAUUCCAUUAUUUGGUUGGAACACCCAGUCAAUGAGGUUUCCGUUUUUUAAAAGAAUUUGAUCAGGAAUUUUUACUCUUGAUUCAUUGUCUUGCCCUUCGCCGUGUCCUAUGCGCAAAAGAACAUUACAAUAGUCAGGUUCUUGACUACGCAUAUUGAUUGUGAGCUUAAAUGAUUUAAAAAAUUUCCACAAAGCGCAACGCUUCAAACAAUUACCAACUAUCCCAGUUCACGCACUUCUCGGUACCACAGGCAAAAGUGCCUAAAGUCUCCACCCACAAUAAUAAUUUUCCUACCAAAAGGCGUCUCAUUUUGGUGAAUAUCGCGCAAAAGACGAUCUAAACGCAACAAAGCUCUGCCAGGUACCAUGCUAGCUUCAUCCCAAAUAAUAGCUUUUGCUGCCUUUAAUC